UAAAAUAGAAGGAACAGUGAAAUGCAGUGAAAGCAAAGCCCUUUCGUCUUCUGUGCGUUCGCCUGGUUGGUUGGUAGCAUUUCUCUCUCAAAUUUCCACGCCACCAUUCACAGCUGCCUCUCCGUCUUGACGCUGAGAAAGCUCGUCCGAAGGAUAACAAUUUUGGUGUUUUUGCUGGCGCGAUCUCGCCGCCGCUGUCGAAUUCCGUCUGCGCUCCACCAGGCGAGUAUUCUUAGAGCUUUGAUGAACAAAAUGAGGAAUCUUAGCCUGUAAGGAAGAUAUCGACCUUUACGUCAUUGCCAAACAAAGGAAAGGUAAAACUGCUCCUACAAACUGCUGAUAAAAUAUAGAGGGAUGGAUGCCAUCAGUGUUAUUACCAAUACCACUAGUACAAUGAAUCUUAAGAAUGGGGCCCAUGGGCCGUAUCCAUCCUCUAACAUUGAGAUCAUAGUAUCACCACACGAAGGGCAUGGGUCCAUCAAACGUGAUGAGCAAUCUGAUGGCAUAUCAGGAUCUACCAAUCAGCUGAGAAAAGUUGAACUGAUCAACUCCUCUGAAGAAGACAAACUCGUAACCAUCUCUCACUCAGAAAGCAUAAGGAAGCCAUUUUGUCAGGAUGACCAAAGUGAUAAUUCUAAGACUGCAAAAUCUCAAUGGAAGAACAAAAAAAUUUCAUCUGGGAAUGGAAAUCUGCAAACUACUGUUCCAACUUCUGCUAAAAAGAAUGGAGACAGAACUCAGGCAGAGAAAGGUCCUGUUGUUCUGAAUGGUUCGUUCAGGUCAUCUUCUCGCCAUAAGCAACUCGCACAGGUGACAAAUCAGGAUACAAUCAAUGAUAGACACACUAUCAAUGCUAUGGAAGCUGGUAAGAAGCAAUCUGGAAAUAUCAUUGGUGCAUCUGCUGCCUAUACGUCAAUGCUUGAGGAUCCAAUUGAAAAGAGGAAAAAUAUGAAGCCCUUAAAGCAGCACACUUCAAUCAAAGUUGAAGAGCAUUCACGCAACACUUUAAGCCCAACUUAUGCAAUUUCAAAAGCUCGACAAAUGGGCUCUUCUCCAUCUUAUGGCUUCACUUUUAAGUGCGAGGAGAGAGCCGAGAAAAGAAAAGAGUUUUACUCGAAGCUUGAGGAGAAGACCCAUGCAAAAGAAUUGGAACAAAGUUCCUUGCAAGAGAAAACUAAGGAGACUCAAGAAGCUGAACUGAAGUUGUUCAGAAAGAGUUUGACCUUCAAAGCAACACCAAUGCCUAGUUUUUAUCAGGAGCCUGCACCCCCCAAAGUUGAGUUCAAGAAGAUACCUCCUACGAGAGCAAAGUCACCGAAGCUUGGACGUCGUAAGGGCUCUUCAGCACAAGAUGUAGAAGUAAAUAGUAUUAACCGCCAUCCAACACGCCGGAGUCUCGAUAACAAAAACUCCCAAAAUAGCCUUACAAAAGAUUCCAUUGUUCACUCCAAGAAGAAUCAGCGCAGACCGCUUCCCAUAUUGCCCUCUAAGAAGACAGAUUUGGUUGAUGCUGCGGGCAAAAGCCCACCUCACAUGCAACAGCUAGAGAAUCCCUCAUCAAACACAAUGCCUGUCGAAGAAGAAAUACAGUUCAAAGCAAGUCCAGAUGAGCCCCAGGUUAUGGAAGAGAGGCCCAUAGUGCAAGAACCUCUUGCUGAAUUAGCUUAAUAUGUGGUAUUCUUCCAAGCUGCCUUAAGUGUAGAAAGGGUUGUUAGUUUGACUUUGGUAUCUUUAUGCUGAAAUUUUGUAUGUUGUCUAUCCGAAUAGCUGGACUUAUUCCCAUAGUGCAAGAACCUGUUGCUGAAUUAGCUUCAUUUGUGGUAUCUUCCAAGCUGCCUUUAAGUGUAGAGAGGGGUGUUACUUGGACUUUGGUAUCUUAUGCUGAAAUUUUGUAUGUUGUCUUUCCCAAUAGCUGGACUUAUUUUGUGUCACUUAUAUAUGUUGAUCUUCUUCUUCUUCUUUUUUUUACUUGUAAAAUGCAGCCUGGCUGUUGAGGGUAUCUUAAAUGCAAGAUUCUACUGCCUAGUUAGUUUUA